CUUUAGAGGAGAGGAGGGGCCAACUGCACCGACUCACUUAAGGUGAUUUUGCAUGCAACAAUUUCUCCUGUUGUACCCACACAUAUGAACACUGUUCUUUUCACUCUAGUCUACAUCUGCAGCUUUUCAGCAUCAUGGCUGCACUUUUCGCUCUGCUGUUUUUGUGCUUGACAUGCAGCCUGAGUUACAGUGUGGCAUCUCCUGAAUGGUUCAACAACAUAUCUACCAACCUCUUUGAUUUGUCGGGGGACAUCAUGCUCGGAGGGCUUUUCCCAAUCAACGAUAUCACCAGCAACCUGAGCCAGAGGCGGGAGCCUGACAACAUCAGUUGUGAAAGUGUAAAUAAUUUUGGACUGGGCCUGGCUCUAGUCAUGAAAUUUGCAGUAGAUGAGAUCAACGCACAUCAAAUUCUGCUCCCUGGCUUCAAGUUGGGGUUUAAAAUCUACGACACAUGUAGACAAGCAGCCGUCGCGAUGAGGCCGACCAUAUCUUUUCUCACUGAAAAGUCUACCAACGCACUUUCUGUCCAGUGCAAUUACACCGACUAUGAGACCAGCAUAUCAGCCGUGAUAGGUCCUUAUAGCUCGGAGAUGGCGUCUACCAUAGGAAAGCUGCUGGGAUUCUUUCUGAUGCCACAGAUUAGCUUUGGUGCCACAAGCGACAAAUUAAGCAACAAGCUCCUCUACCCGUCCUUCUUCCGCACAGUGCCCAGUGACAAAUUGCAGGUGGAGGUCAUUGUGCUCUUGCUAAAUGAGUUUAAGUGGAACUGGGUGGCCAUUGUGGGCACUGAGGAAGCGUACGGACAGGGAGGUGUACAAGAAUUCUCCAAAACAGCAGCAAACAAGUCUGUGUGUGUGGCCUAUCAGGGCUUGAUUCCUGUGUACAGUGACCCCGAAGCGAUGGUGAAAACCAUCAUCGACAACAUAAUAGCAACCAAUGUCAGAGUCGUGGUACUGUUUGCACUCCCAGAGCAGGCUUUGAUCUUUUUUAAAGAGGUGAUGAGGAGGAACGUGACACGCGUGUGGAUCGCCAGCACAAGUUGGGCGAUCCAUUAUCUGCUGACUUCUCUCCCAAAUAUUCAAUCAGUUGGCACAAUCAUUGGAUUCGCUGACGACAGUCAAACCCUGGAUCUGCUGACCCCCUACACGCAGGAGCUGUUCACCAAACUGAGUGAGGAGAGGGCGAGGACCCCACCUCCAACACCCCCACCAAAGUCUGGCAAUCCUGAUAAUCCCUGCCCAAAGUGCUGGAGCAUGUCACCUGUUAACAUCAGCCUGGUGGAGGAUCCUGUAGUGAAGCGCUCAGCUUUCGGUGUGUAUGCUGCCGUCUACAGUGCAGCACAGGCACUGCACAACCUGAUGGGAUGCAAUGCAACUGCCUGUAAAAAGGGGUUAGAAACAAAGAUUUAUCCAUGGAAGCUAUUGGAGGUUUUAAAAAGUACAUCUGUAGAAAUAAAUGGCAAAGAUUUGGUGUUUGACAGUAAUGGCAACCCAAACAUUGGUUACAAAGUACUCCAGUGGGUCUGGAAUGACUCUGUUUUAGCUUUCCAGACGGUUGGAAGUUUUUACAAAAACCUAACAAUCAACAAGACCCUUUUCACAUGGCACACUCCAAAGGUAAAUUUAGUUCCUGAGUCCACCUGUUCAGCAGCAUGUGAACAAGGACAAGUCCGCCGAGUCAAAGGCUUCCAUUCCUGCUGUUUUGAUUGCAUCAACUGUCUACCAGGCACCUACCAGGCAAACGAGGAGGACAUCCAAUGCACUAAGUGCCCAAAGGGUCAGUGGUCUCUAAUCCGCAGCACUAACUGCACUGAACCCACCUUUGACGUUCUGUCCUGGGACUCCACUGAGGCUCUGGCGAUGAUGCUUGGUGUUGUUCUGCUGCUAGUAUGUCAUGGAUCUGUUGGAGUAGUGUUCUUAAAACACCGGGGGACCCUGAUGGUAAAAGCCUCAGGAGGAAGCCAGGUUUUUCUAGCUCUGCUAAGCCUGAUGGGAGCUUCCCUCUGCCUGCUGCUCUUCCUGGGGCAACCGGAUGAUGUGGUGUGUCGUCUUCAGCUGCCCCUCACCUGCAUUUUCCAAACAGUUGCCCUCUCCAUUGUCCUGUUCAUCUCACUACAGAUAGUCUACAUAUCAGAGUUUCCAGAGAUGGCUGCCUCUCACCUGCAUGUACUCAGGGGUCCUGGAAGCUGGCUGUUUUUGGUGGCUUGCUGUACUGUGCAGGCUUGUAUCUGUGGCUGGUUUGUGCAGGCGGGGCCCUCUCUGUCAAACUAUCGGGCAAGUAUGAAGAUAGACUUUGUUAGAGCAUUUCUGGCAUGUCCAGUGGAACCCUUGGGUGGGUUUGCCUUAAUGCAAGGUUUCAACUGUGCAAUGUGCCUUGCAUCAUUCAUGUGCACCUUCAUGGCAGCAAAGCCUCCUCAUCAGUAUAACCUGGCCAGAGACAUCACCUUUUCCUCCCUGCUCUACUGUGUGUUUUGGGUAACCUUCAUUCCGAUCUACAUAGGCUUGGAAGUCAAGAAUAAGUCUAUUGUGCAUGUGACUUUCUCUCUGGCAAGCAACUUUGGACUGGUGGCAGCCUACUUCUUCCCAAAAUGUUACUUGCUGCUGAAAAAACCUGAGCUCAAUAUAGCAGAAUACUUCUGUACGUUUCUAGAGGGUGUCCCACCAGCUCAGGAAGAACCACAGCCAAACCCAGAACCAGAGCACUGAUGUUAAAUGGAUUUUUUAAAUUGUUAUUUUUUUAAGAUUUGAAUAAAAAAUGUUUGCUAUUAAUGAGUCUCCUAGCU